UUUAUGUAAUUUUCAUUUAAUAAUAGCAUGUUAUGUAUUAGUUUAUGUAUUAAUAUAGGUAUACUAUUAAGAUACUGUAUGUUAAUGUACAGUAUAUACAGUAUUAGCCUACUAGCCUACAUAGUAUAUUAAUAGGCUUUAUAACAACCCUCUGUUAACCCUAAUUAACCUCUACAACCGAGAGGUACUAACCCUAACUGACCUCUACAACCGCGAGGUACUAACCCUAACUAACCUCUACAACCGAGGGGUUGGCCUACUUACCCUAACUAACCUCUACAAACGAGGGUUGUCCUAACCCCGACUGAACCCCGUCAGGAGCAGAAGGGGGAGAGAUGCCUACUGCGACUGCGCAGCAAGGCUCUCUGGGAGGCUGCAGGAUUUGGCAGAUUUUAGAAACAUUUUAUUCAUUUAACGUUUUUACUAACACGAAGCACGUCUAACAGGACAACAAAACAAUUUUUUUUUUUUUUUCAGGAGCAUUCUGGAUUCUGGAUUAAGCUUUUUACUAGAAACGAAACUUCUUUCCUCGGCUUGUAAGAAGAAGCACAACAAUGAGUGCUCAGUCCGACAUCAACAAGAAGGUCUUCGUCCCACGGGGAGAGACGAUGCUGGUCGCCGUGGAGGUGAGGAGGAGGAGGAGGACGGCCGGGAGGAGGAUCCUCCAGCUGUCCACACGAGGGGGAGAAUACGCUACCUACCUCUGUCUAUCAGUGACCAAUAGGACGCCUCCUCAACUGCUCAUCACCAAAGUCAAACAGUUUGCCGGCUCCGCCCCCUUCGUCACAAGGUCACAGUGGGGCGUCGACCAGCUCCGCCAGGUCAAUGGAAUCGACCCAAACAAGGACUGCCCAGACUUCGACCUAGUCUUUGACAACACCGUGGACCAGUGGCUGUGCAGCUCCUCUGCAGAGAAGUGCAUCUUCAUCCUCAUCCUGUACCAGGCCUACAAGACCUACUCCGGAGGUCCCACUGGCCCCCCUGUGUGUCUGCCUGCGGGCGUUGGGAAGGUGGGGGCGAUGCGCAGGAUGAGCCUUGAUGCCGUCCGGAUCGCGCCGCGCGGGCCGGUGGAGCCCCCGGUGGCCGGAGGACCGAGGGCCCGGACGCUAUCGCCCAGGAGGAAGAGCUGCGUCCCUGCCAGGGGGACAGAGUUCAUCAACUGUCAACCCAAGCUAACGGGAGGUCUUCUGCCAGAGGCCUGUACCAUGAACCUGGUCAUCUACCGCGUCAAAGCCUUCUUCACCCGCCUGAAGAAGAGGGUUCUAGCCAAGCGCCCGGCCCCCCGGUCCAAAGGUCAGCCAGGACAUUUCUCGGGGGGCAUCAUGAGUAAUGUAGUGCAGAGGGUGACGGUGUCUGUGGGCGAGCGAGGACAGCGACUAACCCGGGCGGAGGACCAGACGCUGGAGCUAAUGCACAAAGCCCAGCAGUUCGCAGACACGGCCCACAAGCUCAGCCUGAAGUACUCAAAGUGACUUCACCGAAAACCUUGAAGAAGAACAAGGCCUAGCGCUCUGGGAGUUCCUCAACCAGCUCGGAGAACCAUAACUAGAACCCUGGGAGUUCUUUAACCAACCUGGAGAACCUGGAGUAGAACCCUGGGAGUUCCUUAACCAGCCCGGAGAACCAUAACUAGAACCCUGGGAGUUCCUUAACCAACCUGGAGAACCAUAACUAGAACCCUGGGAGUUCCUUAACCAACCUGGAGAACCAGGCCGAGCGCUCUGGGAGCUCCUUCACCAGAUGUCCCCUGCUGAGGAGAUAAAGUACUUACUGCUGGCUGUAAUCAUGUCUUGUGAUGAACUACUGACUGUAUUUCUUGUGUCUGGUGUUUAACCACAUGUCGUAAAGUCCUUAUGUUGUCAUGUCUGUCUUCAAUGUUUGAAGGUCUCCUUAUGCUGCUAGCCUCUCGUAUCUGUUUUAAUCUUUGUUUGUCUGUCUGAUGGACUUCUGUUCAUGUCUACAUAUUGUCGGCCUUUCAUUCAUGUGUCUGUUAUCCGUAAUGUCUUGAUUACUUUAUGUUUGUGCGAUGCAUAUUCUUCUCGGUGUGAGUGGGGCGUACGUACAUGUAAAGCUUCCUUAAUGUAACUUGACUUAACAAUCCAAACUGCUCUUAAAACAACACACAAUACAUUGUGUGUUUGAAUAAACUGUUUACAAAGA